CAUAAUCGCGUUAAAGGACGUAAGGGAUUUGUUUGUUAGAGAAAUAUGAAGAAUAAUAUUAACUCUCAACUGUAUCUAGCAGCGAGAAGGCGCUCUAGAGCCGCGGCCAUCUGGCGGCCACGGCAUGAAGCAUAACACAAAGCUAGUCUCUAGCGAGAAGUUUGGCGCUCUAGCGGCAGUGGCGCGAUUCUACGGCCACUCUGCGAGUCUGGUUAACGAUUUCGUGGUGGGUUGAUGUCGAAAAAGGGAGAAAGUCUCGCGUUGGGAAUGUACCCGUUACGAGCUAUUUUAGUGUUUUACUUUAACCUGACUGUGUUAACCUGACCAUCGCUACAUCAAAUAUUUUGAUAAAUUAUUAAUACACGUUAUUUGUCAUGAACAGCUUUCGGUAAUAGUUGUUCAAAGCUUUCGAUAUUUAUUAAUUAAUAAGAACGCUAAGAGUAAUGUACAAUAAUACAUUACGGCGAGACGAUAUCGAUCAAUUUAUCGAUUAAUUUAUGUUUGAAUAGAAGCAGGAGCCCACAAUGUACAUACGCUGCCCUCAAAGUAAAUUGACAGCGUUUGGUUACAUGCCAGCUUAAUUAGUGCGCGACUUUAAAAAUAUUAUCAACAAUAGCUUCCAGAGUUUGUUCAUAUAUUGUAAAAGCCAUGAACAUUUUAUAUAGAAUUUACAAGCUACGUUAUAUCUUAAAAGUGAUAAAGUUCUCAGAGUUUAUAUUUCAUUGUACAAAAAGUAAAUAAAAACACCGAUGAAACGCAAGAAUAAUUAAUUUUCUAAAUAAUAACAUUAGACAUUAUAUCCAAUGAUUUACACAAGUUUAAUUGCCCGUGUACGCUGUAACUUCAAACGAAUGCAAUCAGUUAUUUUCUGAAAAAUAGAUUACGUUCUUAUUGUUAAUGAAAAAUGUACUCUACAUUAACGGCUUAUAACUUUUAUGAAUUCAUUGACAGAACUGAGUAGAUGUAAUCAUAUUAAUCAUAUUAAUUUGUACAGUAGAUCUGAAAAUAAUACGACACUUACUCGUUAAUUGCAUUUCGUAUUUUUCCUUUCGCCGAAUAAAAAAUUAUGUAUGUUGCGGAUUUAAAAUCCAACAAAAGAAUCGCAAUUAGUAUUGAAUCGUCGAAGGUGCAAAACCAACCUCUCUUCACAAACAAACGAAACUACAAAAUAAUCCUGCAAUCAAAUGCCGGCUUAGUGGGUUAAAUUAGGUACUAAAACCUAAUCGAUACGAAUCGACCCAAAUGUUCCCGUCUGUAAUCCAGUUUCAUCGUUUUAUUCAGCAUUCACAGCUGCAACAGUUAAGAAAUCCCAUUAAAUUGUAAUUCAUAGGAACAUCGAAUUAUAACAUUAUUGACAACUACACUCGUGUGAAGAACCAGCUGAUCUGGAAAUCGAUGAACACUGUAUCAAAUGCUUAAAAUCAGUGACAUAUUUUUCAAUGUAUUUACAUAGCGUUCGAACACACCGCGCCAUGUUUCAAUGCUAUUUACAAUGCGUAUUUGAUCCGGUCUCAAUAAUGUAAAACAUUCAUAAAUAACAAACCCAUUAAUUGGUUUCCUCGAGUUCGGAUAAAUUUGUCGGCGCGUUGUUUUCGAGGAUCGAAAAAUGAAAAGAAUAUUGAAAAUAGCGUAGCAGUUUCUAUUGCGUUGAACGUCGGCGAAUGUGUUCGCGAUGAAAACAGAGGAUACGUAAAUUGGCCGCGAUGAAAACGUACGACCGGGCUAUAGUAAAUCCAUGUUAAAGGACUCGGCUGGUUCGGGGUUCUGUCUCUCAAUAACACAUGCACCAUAACGUCGGUCAUAAACUGUCGUUUCGCGACGAACUCGAGACCGGGAGCCGUGCGUGCGUGCGGCCGAAAGCAUACGUAAGUGAAUUUUACGCAAAACGUUUGUCUUGGAUACUGGUUACUAUGCCGCACGAAAUUAGAAAUUUACCGGGCCCGAAAAUGCACACGAUGGGGCGACAUAUUUUUCUGUGAUAUAUGCGGAGUCCGCCGCUCUGCGUUCUUUUUUUUCGUGAAACAUAGGAGAAACUGCUUGGAAAUUCAUAAACAGUAUAAGCAGGGAUCGAAAUAUACGGGUUAUUUUAAUUCCGGGAAAAUUCUGUUAGUACUCGUACCAUUUACUUAGUAUUUACUCGGUAUUUCUGUAGAAUUUUUAACUAUUAUCAAUAUUAACUAUCGUCAUUUUUAACUAUUAUAUUAUCUAAAACUUGUACGACAAAAGUUCCAUGGAAACAAGUGUUAUUUAGAAAACUUAUUGGAAAAAGUUUUACAAUACGAAUAGAGCUGUCAACGAAAAAACUGGGAAAUCGUAAUCACAUAAUUAAUAGAUCUUAUUUAUAUAUUCUUUUACAACUUGAACACUGAUCUGCGAAUAUUCAGCCAAUAUAUCGCAAAAUUUCCCAGCAACGCGGGAUUCGUUUUCCGACUUCUAAUAAACCGUACAGCGCACACGGUCGGUCAUAAACCGUCGACUCGUAACAAAGGAUCGAACGUCGCAAAGCGAGAGCAACUACUCGAAACGCGAAAACAAGCGUGCACAGCCGUUUCCAUGCUAGCACGCGCGUUCCUAUUGCACAGCCAGCUAAGGGAUACAUAUCAGAGGAUCCUGUUGGUAUCUUAGUUGGCUUUAUUUCCGUUAUCUCUGCCGUAGACCGAACCGGAAUCCUUGUUCCGACACAUACUACCUGUUUACGAUACUUCCCGGCAAGAUGGCUUCCACAUUUCGACGAGUUCUAACGUCUGCCGAUCGCUCGCCGGGAACAAUAUGAUUUGCGAUACAGUUAAUUGGCCCCUUGUUCGAUACACCGCUUGUAAAUAUUUGUAACUGAACUGCGAAUCUUUAUGCCGAGUGCCAUACAUUUGUAAAUACUUUUACAACGAAAGACUUUACAACUGUAAGAGCGUAGACAUUUGUUUUGUCUGUUGGUUCGUACGAAAAAAUGAUAAAUUACAGAACUCGAUUCAAUUUAAUAUAACUUUAGUUUAGAUGUACAGAGAAGCAUAAUUCUGUACAAUUUCCGCUUUCCUGAAUUUAUUUAUGAAACUACGAACUUGUAAAAACAUUUGAAACUAUGCGAACGUAAGGUAAAGCGAACUAAGGUAUCGGAAAUAUGCGAAUCAACAUAGACAGAUGGGAAAAGAAAUCGAAAAGGUUCGCUCGUGCCAACCGACCACGGUCCUGCGUACACCAAACUGCGAUCUAAUUCGCCAGCAAAUCGGUGCAAAGAAUUUCGAAGUAGACACAACUCUGGACUGCACGAAGUUCCGACACUCUUCGACGUACAAUCGCAAGGCGCGAGUCGUGGGUCCGCGCGAUGGAUUAAGGAGAGUUUUGUGGCGGUUGUCGAAAGUGAAAUAUAUUCGGUCAACUCUAUUACUUGAACCGGUGAGACAGGCCUUGGUCUCCUCCGCGCGAAUGUUCGUUGCAAGCUUCUGGCUUGCUUCUGUUCGAUACUCGUAGCUGUAGAACACAAAAUCACCAGGAAAAAUGAGAAAUAUGCUCAACCUCGAGAUAUUUAGACAGAUACUGAUUGGAAUUAUAUGCAAUCUGUUGAUCGUCGACAGUGGAUUGAACGAAGGAUGGAGUACUCCUAUUAUACCAAAAUUCGAACACGACGAUCCUUUGAAAGUGUCCUCCGACAAAGUGGUUUGGGUGGUGAAUUUGAUGUAUGUCGGCGUCGGACUCGGCUCUAUCGUGCCUUUCCUCUUGAUGGACAGGAUUGGUCGUAAAGGAACUUUACUAUUCGCCACGGUACCGAAGAUUUGCAGCUGGAUUUUGAUCGGCUUAGCAGCCACCGUUCCUCAGCUUUACGUUGGUCGAAUAUUGGCCGGCAUAGGCUGCGGAAUAACAUACGCUGUUAUGCCGAUGUACCUUGGCGAGGUUAGCAGCAAAAGGACACGUGGGCCUUUAGGUACGCUGAUGGCAGUGCUGCUGAACACCGGUAUGAUGCUCGCCUACGCGAUCGGUCUGUCGGUGUCUCGUUUCACGAUGUCCAUGAUUUCGGUGUCCAUUCCGAUCCUGUUUCUGCUAUGCUUUGUCUGGCUGCCGGAGAGCUCGGUGUUCCUCACGAAGAAGAACAAGCUGUCGUCCGCUGAGAAGACGCUGAAAUGGGCGCUCGGCAAGGACAACGUGUUGGAGGAGUUGGAGGAAAUCAAACGGAUCGUGGCGACGGAGGAUUCGGCCGGCGACACGACGUUCGCGAACUCGUUGAAGCAGACGUGGAGCAGGCGCGAGAAUCGGAGAGCGUUCGGCAUCGCUAUGAUCGUUCUGAGCGCGUUGACUUUAACAGGGGCGGCGCCGUUGUUGGCUUAUCAGUCGUUCAUAUUCGAGGAAGCGGGCUUCCAGAUAUCGACGGAUUUCAGCAUAGUGUUGACAGGAUGCGCGCUCGUGUUGGCCGGCAUGAUCUGCGUGCUGCUGGUUCGGAGCAUCGGCAAAAGGCUGCUGCUGCUUCUAUCGACCCCGGUCUGCGUGGUGUCGUUGGUGACGCUAGCCGUCUUCUUCGGCCUCCUCUCGAGUGGCCACGACGUCGCCAGGCUGCGAUGGGUGCCCACCGUGUUCCUGGUGAUUUAUGUUCUCGGCUAUGGCCUCGCCCUGAACCCCGUCCCGCUCGCCUACGUCGGCGAGAUCUUCCACGUCGACGUUAAGGUGCCCGCGGCCAUAUUUUGCUCCCUUUAUUACGCCCUCACCACGACCACCGUCGUGAAAUUCUAUCAGGUAUUGCAAGAAUCGUACGGAACGUACAUGCCCAUAGCGGCGUUUACAACGAUCACAUUCUUCAUUUGGAUACUAAUCUACCGAUACGUGCCGGAGACCGAGGGAAAGACCUUGGAGGAAAUACAAAUUGAGUUGAGAGGCAAAUGCUGACGAUUGUUCUCGAUUGUGCACUGCACCAUGAUGUACUUAAUAAAUGACAGACAGUGUCGACUCGAACGUGAAA